AUGACCGUGAUGAUGUCCGCUCCCAUUGACCAGCAAGAGGAUGAAGAGGUGCUCGUGCCACAUGCUGAUUUGCCUGAGAACAAUCACCAGCCUAUGGAAGUUGUAGCUCAACCUGAAACUGCCAAUGCUGUUGAGAGCCAGCCUGUUGUCGAUCCUCCGCAAACCAGAUUCACAUGGAGAAUUGACAAUUUUACUAGGCUGAAUACAAAAAAGCUCUACUCAGAAGUAUUUGUUGUUGGUACUUAUAAAUGGCGCGUGCUUAUUUUCCCAAAAGGAAACAAUGUGGACUAUUUGUCCAUGUAUUUGGACGUUGCAGAUUCAACUAGUUUGCCCUAUGGUUGGAGUAGAUAUGCACAGUUUAGCUUGGCAAUUGUUAAUCAAAUCCAUAAUAAGUUUUCUGUGAGAAAAGACACGCAACAUCAAUUUAAUGCACGAGAAAGUGAUUGGGGUUUCACAUCUUUCAUGCCUCUUGGUGAAUUGUAUGACCCUAGUAGAGGUUAUCUUGUGAAUGAUACUCUUAUAAUUGAAGCCGAGGUUCUUGUUCGUAAGAUUGUUGACUACUGGAAUUAUGAUUCAAAGAAGGAGACCGGCUAUGUUGGGCUUAAGAACCAAGGAGCUACCUGUUAUAUGAAUUCUCUACUCCAAACUUUGUACCAUAUUCCUUAUUUUAGAAAGGCUGUAUACCAUAUGCCAACAACUGAAAAUGAUAUGCCAUCUGGAAGCAUCCCUUUGGCUUUGCAAAGUUUAUUCUACAAGCUCCAAUAUAGUGACACUAGCGUUGCAACAAAGGAACUGACAAAAUCUUUUGGAUGGGAUACAUAUGAUUCUUUCAUGCAGCACGAUGUUCAAGAGCUAAACCGGGUCCUUUGUGAAAAACUUGAAGAUAAAAUGAAGGGAACUGUUGUCGAGGGAACAAUACAAAAGUUAUUCGAAGGACACCAUAUGAACUACAUAGAGUGCAUCAAUGUGGAUUACAAAUCAACUAGAAAGGAGUCAUUUUAUGACCUUCAGCUUGAUGUCAAAGGUUGUCGCGAUGUUUAUGGUUCCUUUGAUAAGUAUGUUGAAGUUGAACGUCUUGAAGGGGAUAACAAAUAUCAUGCUGAGCAGUAUGGUUUGCAGGAUGCUAAGAAGGGUGUCCUAUUUAUUGAUUUCCCUCCUGUCCUUCAGCUUCAGCUGAAAAGAUUUGAAUAUGACUUUAUGCGGGAUACUAUGGUUAAGAUUAAUGACCGCUAUGAGUUUCCCUCACAACUUGAUCUUGAUCGUGAGGAUGGAAAAUAUCUAUCACCUGAUGCUGAUAGGAGUGUCCGCAAUCUUUACACACUUCACAGUGUUUUGGUUCACAGUGGAGGCGUGCAUGGUGGACAUUAUUACGCUUUUAUCCGACCAACUCUCUCUGAACAGUGGUACAAAUUCGAUGAUGAGAGGGUGACAAAGGAAGACAAUAAACGGGCACUAGAGGAGCAAUAUGGUGGUGAGGAAGAGUUACCACAAACAAAUCCUGGAUUCAAUAAUCCGCCAUUUAAAUUCACCAAAUACUCAAAUGCUUAUAUGCUGGUGUAUAUACGUGAAAGUGACAAGGACAAAAUCAUAUGCAAUGUGGAUGAGAAAGACAUUGCUGAACAUUUAAGGGAGAGGUUGAAGAAAGAACAAGAAGAAAAGGAACACAAAAAGAAAGAAAAGGCAGAGGCCCAUCUUUAUACAAUUAUAAAGGUAGCACGAGACGAAGACAUUGAAGGGCAGAUGGGAAAGGAUAUCUACUUUGAUCUUGUAGACCACGACAAAGUUAGGAGUUUCCGUGUACAAAAGCAGACUCCUUUUAACGUUUUCAAGGAAGAGGUUGCGAAAGAGUUUGGCAUACCAGUUCAAUUUCAGCGCUUUUGGCUAUGGGCUAAGCGACAAAAUCAUACUUAUCGGCCUAAUAGACCAUUAACACACAUUGAGGAAACACAAACUGUCGGACAAUUGAGAGAAGUGUCAAACAAGGUUCACAAUGCAGAACUAAAGUUGUUUUUGGAGGUGGAGAAGGGGAUGGAUUUAUGUCCCAUUGCAUCACCUGACAAGACAAAAGAUGAUAUAUUACUUUUCUUUAAGCUAUACGAUCCUGAAAAAGAGGAGCUUCGCUAUGUUGGAAGGCUCUUUGUGAAGGGUACUGGCAAGCCAUCAGAAAUCUUAACAAGGCUAAAUGAAAUGGCUGGUUAUGAUCCUGAAGAAGAUAUUGUACUUUAUGAGGAGAUUAAGUUUGAGCCAAAUGUCAUGUGCGAGCCUAUUGAUAAGAAAGUAACAUUCCGAUCAAGCCAGCUGGAGGAUGGAGAUAUUGUAUGCUUUCAGAAAGCUCCCCCAGUGGUGGAUAAUGAGCAACAAGUCCGCUAUCCAGAUGUGCCAUCAUAUUUAGAAUAUGUUCAUAACCGCCAGGUGGUUCAUUUUCGAUCUCUGGACAGACCCAAGGAAGAUGACUUCUCCUUGGAGAUGUCAAGGCUUUAUACAUACGAUGAUGUGGUGGAUAGAGUAGCUCAACAACUUGGCUUGGAUGAUCCAUCCAAAAUACGUCUUACCCCUCACAAUUGCUAUUCUCAACAACCAAAACCCCAGCCUAUUAAGUACCGAGGCGUUGAUCAUUUGUCUGAUAUGCUAGUUCAUUACAAUCAGACAUCAGAUAUAUUAUACUAUGAAGUGCUCGACAUCCCUCUACCUGAAUUACAAGGCUUGAAAACUCUGAAAGUUGCAUUUCAUCAUGCCAUCAAGGAUGAGGUGGUUAGUCACACCAUCAGACUCCCAAAGCAGAGCACUGUUGGUGAUGUCCUUGAUGAUCUUAAAACAAAGGUGGAGUUAUCUCAUCCUGAUGCUGAGCUACGGCUGCUUGAAGUCUUCUAUCACAAGAUAUACAAGGUGUUCCCAUCCAAUGAAAAGAUUGAAAACAUUAAUGAUCAAUACUGGACAUUGCGAGCAGAAGAGAUUCCAGAAGAAGAGAAAAACAUCGGUCCACAGGAUCGGCUUAUUCACGUGUACCACUUUACUAAAGACACUGCUCAAAAUCAAAUGCAAAUUCAAAACUUUGGAGAUCCUUUUUUCUUGGUUAUACAUGAAGGUGAAGCUCUAUCUGAAAUUAAAGAGAGAAUACAGAAGAAACUUCAAGUUCCUGAUGAAGAGUUUAGCAAGUGGAAGUUUGCUUUUCUAUCACUUGGGCGCCCUGAGUACCUUCAGGAUUCAGACAUUGUAUCCAGUCGUUUUCAGAGGCGGGAUGUUUAUGGUGCUUGGGAGCAAUAUCUUGGUUUGGAGCAUACUGACAAUGCUCCUAAAAGAUCACACGCAGUCAAUCAGAAUCGCCACACAUUUGAGAAGCCAGUAAAGAUUUAUAAUUAG